AUGUUAGAAGGAGACCAUUCACCUGUGGACAGGACGGAGGAACACGGCAACCCGACUAAAGUGUUUCCUGGGACACUGAAGCAUCUUAAUAAAUCAUGUGAUGGUAGUGCGUCUUUAAAAUCAGCGCAGGAAAUCCUUCCAGCACGUGACCCUAUUAGCAGAGGAAAUACCAUCCCCGCUGACCUCAUCAGCACCCAGCCUCUACCUGCUGCAGUCCCACCAGCAGAGGCCUCGCAGGAGGCAGCCAGGUUUAAGAAGCCUCAGUGUGACCUCCAAAAGCCCACCUGCCCACGAUGUGGCCUCACAGUCCCAGACCACAGUCUCCCCGCUCCUCCCCCAGGCCUGAGCCGACUGCAGGGCUCCAGCUUGUCGGUGCACAGCAGCAGCAGCAGGAAGAGCAAGAGGAGUGCGAGGAGUGUGGCUGGCUCACACCAACCUACUGCUACAGCAACUGACUCUUGUUUACACCUGCUGCUGGCGUGCCUGUGGUGCCAGUGCUCCAUGCUGCUCCUGGGUCUGCUGGAGGCGUGCUCCUCCUGCCUCCACACCCUCUGCUCCUGUUGCUGCCACGCCUGCGCCCGCUGCUGCUCGGCCAUAGAGGAGGCGCCCGUGGAGGAGCUCAACUGCCAUGCCCACUGCCACUCGGUGCUGUUUGAGUCUUGCUGCGAGCCGACCGAGUGUCUUGAGUUUUGUCUGGAGUGCUGCGAGAUCUGCCAUCGCAGCUAGGACGCGGCUGGACCAUCAGGCCUGAGGACUAAUAUACUAAAAGACAUGAUGAGACUGAAACAACAGACAUUCUAACCAACGUUGGAUUCACUAGUUCUGCAAUGACAUUUCUUUGUCAUCACCAGUCUAUCUACUAAUUAUCUUACAACACAUGCUGCUAAAACCAAACUCUGAAUGGUCACUUUUCAAAGAGGGAAGAUCUGACUCCAGCGCGUCACACUUCUCUUCAUCAGUAAAGGCAAUUUUAAGUGCCUUUAUAAACUAAAGCACUUUGAAAUAAGUAAAAUAUUUUGGGAAAUUCUCAUAUUUGUUUCUCUUAAGUACUGAGCUGGGGCCAGGAUGUGAUUCAACGUUAGCUAAACUUAGCAUAAAGCCUGGGAGAUGGGAGGAAUGACUAGCCUGGCUCAACUAAUCCAACCCUCAACAUCUCGUAAGAUCACAAAUUACUGAACGUAAAACCUCUUGUCCUUUUGUGUUCAAUUAAACCAACGAGAUACUCUACUGUUACUGUUAGAGGUUCUGUAUUUGCUAUAAGAUAAAGUGGAGUGAUGGCGUCCUGAGCAGAGAAUGACGUCACCCUCCAGCUGUGUGUGUUGUGAUCUGAGCUUCUCUGUGGUUUGUUGUGGUGAGCCGGUCCGGCCAUACAUGCAUGUUAGUGUAUAUGUGUAUACCACUUGCACAACUGCGCUCAUGAGGCGGUUACUGCUGACAUCAGGACGGUGUUGUCACAGAAGCGUAGUGCCCACCCUCUAAUUCCCCAUUAGUUAACACCAUUAGCUAUUUUAGCAAUGUUGCUGUCAGUGUUGCUCAGUCUUUUCCAAUGGAAGUAGUUAGCGCUCACUCUAAAAGUCGCUGAAAGUUGAUGGCAUAUGCUUAUGUGCAUUAAUGGAAGAAUUUAAACUUCACAGAUUCAAUAGAAAAGAAUGAGAUGGGGCAAAUGGGAAACUCACUAGGCUACAACUGAAUUCCCACGGCGAGCAGUGCCUCCUCUCCUCUUGCCCUGCCUGUCCUACACCUACUGCACGAUGCAAGAAGAGAGGGGGAGGAACCUGCACUAACGGUGAAAAAGCCGUGGACUGUGAUGACUCUGAGCAGCGUGCAUGUGAAUGAAUUACAAUAUACUAUAUUUUCUCUUUUCCCCUGAUGGUCUGAAUAAGUCGCUAAAUUUGUCGCUUGUAGCUUUUUAGAAAUAAAGUUGCAAACAGGGUCUGAAAAGUCAUUAAUCUAGUGAGAAAGUCCCCAAGUUGGCUACAAUGGUUGCCUUUGUUUAAGGGGGCGAUCACACCGAGAUGAAACGCCAGAAACGCAACGCCAGUAAAACCAUUGUUUUCCUAUGAUACGGCGCGUCUGACCGGCGUUCAAGCGUCUUUUUAGACGGCCGUUUUUCCGGUGUCUUUUUAGACGCACGUUUUUGUAGACGCGCGUAGACGCUGAAAAGUUGAAAUAUUUUCAACUUUUUGAGCGUCAGACGCCAGUAGCUAGCGCGCAUUGAAUAAGCGCUUCCAGUGUUUCAAGCGUCUUUGAAGCGUCCGUGUCUCUAGUGUCUCAUUUCUGUGUGAUCGCCCCCUAAGGCUGUUCACUGAGUUAGCACUGUUAGCUACCGGCUCAGCCACCACCAGGUUGAGAACUGUGUCCAGACAACUCCUAUGCUCUAAAUUACACAGAGCCCUUUUUAAAUUAAUUCAGACUUUUUUUAAACUCUAAAAUACACUGAGAUAGACACCUCAUUCACGUUAUAACGAAGUAAAUUUAAAAAAAAAAAAAAGGAUCAUUGGCACAUUGACCACAAAUCAGAUAAAAAUUGUGAUAAAUGUAAUACAGUUUUAGUGAGUGAUAGUCUAUGGCAGGCAAAUUACUGAACUUUGGACAGAUCCUGGUUAACUGAUUCCCACCCUUCCAGUCGUUACGCUAAGCUAAACUAAGCACAUCUUGGUUUUGAGAACCACACUUUUGAGAAAUACACUUUUUGCCUAGAAUUAGAUUAUAGGUUUCAUACCACUCUCAUUUUGUCUGUGAAAUAUGAAGCUACAGCCAAAAGACCAUUUUUGACCUCCUUGAAUCUUGUCAUCACCAUGAGGUUACCAGGCUAGUCGUAUCCCCCCGUUUCCAUUCUUCAUGCUAAGCUAACCGCUUCCUGGCUCCAGCUUCAUAGAUCAUUUAAACACUGACAUGAGAAUGGUGUCAAUCUUCUUAUCAAACUCUCUGGAAGAAAGUAAAUGAGCCUGUUUCCCAAACUAUUCCUUCAACACCAGUGCAUUCUCAUCUCACUACAGCCACACUAACAAGAGGAAGGAAUAGAUUAUUAUGCAUUAUUUAUCUCCUACUUGAUUUCGUGGGAAAUAGAUUCAAGGACCUUUUGAAAUAUUAAAAGAAACUGACAAGGUCAUUUAUUCUGCUCAUUAAAUCUCUUUGGAUAGCCAGGGUGAAUAAAAUUAAAGCUCAUUAAUACUCUAGUGUUGUUCUCGAUCACAUUGCGGCACAAUGAAAUGGUCAAUUUUGUGAUAAACAAGCACAGAAACUUGCUGCACUGCGGCGUGUUCAAGCUACAGUGUGUUCAGGAUUCAGGCUUUAUUCUACAGAAAUAAAACCUUUUGUUUG